GAAGAACCACAAAUUUUCUGGGUUCCCCAGGCAGAUCUCUAUUCUAUCGCGUGCCCUGACUUCCUCAACUCUUCGUCAUGGUCAUCACCAGCCCGGCCGUCUCCUCAUGACAAUAGCAGCAAGGCGCAUCUGCGCCCAAUGCUUUUCCCACCUCGCCCCUCCUCGACCUACUACUCGUCGUCUGCCCUCGUGGCGGAUUUCUCCACAGCAGCCUCUGCGGUCAUUUUCUCUGACGAGUCUCCGCGGCGCCUUUGCACCCCCGACACCUGCAUCCCUAGGGAAAGCCGUCCCGGCCAGACAAUACAAGAGGACGAGAAAAUGGGCGCGCAGAUUCGCAUAUUUGUUCCUCGGCGGGACUGUGGUAUAUGUGGUGGACAAGAGAUACUACGCUUCCAGUCUCACGAGAAGUGUCCGCACUUUUACCAUGGGCUUGAUUGCCGCUCUGGACUACAAGAUCAACUUUCGAGAGGAUCCGUGGUUUGCCAAUGACAUUACCGAAGUACAUGCCCGUAAUGCGACCAGGCUGUUCCAUCUCCUACGGACAAAUGGCGGGUUGUACCUCAAGAUUGGUCAGGCCAUUGCCAUGCAGACGGCCAUCUUGCCUCCAGAAUUCCAGAAAAUGUUCUCCAAGAUGUUUGACGAUGCACCGCAGAAUGACUGGGAGGACGUGCGACGGGUUAUCAUGGAGGACUUUGGCGGUCGAACGCCUGAGGAGGUAUUUGGGAUCUCCUUCGAUGGUGAUCCUGAUGCCGGUGUUAUGGAGAGAAAGGCCCGGGCAAGCGCGAGCGUGGCACAAGUACACUGGGCAAGGCUGAAAGACGGACGAGAAGUGGCCAUCAAAAUACAGAAGAGGGAGAUCGCUCAGCAGGUCGGGUGGGAUCUGUGGGCCUUCAAGGUGGUGACUCGGAUCUAUACUUGGUGGUUUGACCUGCCGCUCUACUCGCUUGUUCCCUAUAUCACGGAAAGACUGCUACUGGAAUGUGAUUUCGAGAGCGAGGCGAACAACUCCAAGGAAAUGGCCAAACUCAUCAAGGGCGAACCCCGGUUACGGGAUAGAGUCUACAUUCCCAAGAUUUACGACGAUCUCACCACCAAGCGAGUCAUGACGGCUGAAUGGGUUGAGGGCGUGCGUCUGUGGGAUAAGGAGUCCAUCACUCGACCUUGGCAGGGAGGCUGGCGAACCGGCAGUCCAGGCUGCCACGGCACUCCGCUUGAUCCGCCUCAAGCUCCCAUCACCACUCUGCAGGAAAAAGCCCGUUCGUACAACGAAGAACUCAAGCCGGACAGGACAUGGUGGAGAGGCCAGAACGGCAAAGGUGGUCUCGGUCUUGAUCUCAAAGAAGUCAUGACAACCAUGGUCGACCUCUUCUCUGCACAGAUGUUUCUCUGGGGCAAGGUGCACUGUGAUCCUCAUCCAGGAAAUAUCUUCGUUCGACGCCUCCCCAACGGCCAUUCUGAACUUGUCCUGAUUGACCACGGCCUAUACAUCAACAUGUCCCCUUCGUUCCGGCAUCAGUAUUCCCUUUUUUGGAAAUCCCUGAUGACGUUCGACAACAAGACCCUCAAGGAAGUCGUCAGCCAAUGGGGCAUCAACAACGCCGAGAUCUUUGCGUCAGCGGCUCUUAUGCGCCCCUAUGAAGGAGGGGACCGCUCGGUAACGACUCGCCUGAGGGGUAUAUCGGAACACGAGAAGAAAAGGCGCCAGUACGAGUUGCAACAGGCCAUGCGCAAGGGCAUCAAAGAAAUUCUGGCGGAUGAAACCAAAUGGCCUCGCGAAUUGAUCUUCAUUGGUCGAAACAUGCGCAUUGUUCAAGGCAACAAUCAGUACUUGGGCAGCCCCGUCAACCGCAUCAAAAUUACGGGCAAUUGGGCCUCCAGGGCACUGGCCGAGGAUCAACAGCUGACAUUUGCGGAGAGAUGGAAGUUUUUCGGGAGCCAUUUAAUGUUCAAGUUGGUCUUGUGGGCAUCAGAUGCGUAUUUUUGGUAUGCGAAGCUCAAACAAGCGCUGGGGAGAGGUAAGGGCAUGGACGAUGAUGUGGACCAGCUCAUGAGGGGCAUGGCGAAGGACUAUGGCAUCGAGAUGAAUCAUAGUGUCUUUGAAGGCUGAACUGCAUUCUCGAGGUUCCUGUAUGUACUGAUACCUGGGUUUUUGGGGUUUGGGCAAUGCAUGAAGGGUGUUUAGAUAGGGCAAGGAUAGAAAGAAGUCCCCUCAGCCGACAAUAGAUUCAACCACUAUUGAUAUAUGCGUGAAUUCUGUACUUG